GCCAGGCUGAGGCCAUCCUGGACAUUUGGCUUUUGUGGUGACAGGGUUCUCUCUGGUGGACUUUGAGACUCAGACACACAGGUCUUCCAUGGCUCCUUACCACAUCCGCAAAUACCAGGAGAGCGACCACCCCUGGGUCCUGGGCUUGCUCUCCCAGGGCAUGGCUGAGCAUGUACCCCGAACCUUCUUCCACCUCCUGAAGCUGCCGAGAACACUUGUGCUCUGGCUUGGGGGGGCCCUCGCCCUGUUUCUGGUCUCUGGUUCCUGGCUCCUGGUCCUCGUGGCCAGCCUCACCCUGCUCAUCGCCCUGAGGUUCCUUGCUCAAUACCCCUGGAGCCAGUUUGUGGCCAAUAGUCUGCACACAGACAUGUCUGACAUCAGCAAAUCCUACCUCAGUGAGCCGGGCUCCUGCUUCUGGGUGGCUGAGUGCGAGGGGCAGGUGGUGGCCAUGGUGGCAGCUCUGCCCGCUGAGGAGCCCACUGCGCGGAAGGAGCAGUUGCAGAUGCUCCACUUAAGUGUGGCCUUGGAGCACCGGCGCCGGGGGCUAGCGAAGGCCCUGGUCAGGACUGUCCUCCAGUUUGCAGCACACCAGGGCUACAGAGAAGUUGUCCUCACCACCAGCAUGAUGCAGCAUGCCGCCCUGGCCCUCUACCAGCACCUUGGCUUCCAGACCACCCGCCAGUACUUCUUCACCAAGAGCUGGGCGCUAAUCGCUGUCCCUGAAUUUCAAUUAACCUACUGGCUGCCCUCUGCUCAGGACUCUCAGGCACCAGGGCAGAGAGAGGGCCUAUGAUCUGUUUCCUGAUUAGUCAGGACGGCCCUGCAGCAGUAACAAGCGAGCCCUGAGAUCUCACUAUGACAGUACAGGAAGUUUGUUUGUUAGCAUGGAAACCCCACGGGGAUGGCCAUGGCUCUGCCCCUUUCAGCCUUUUUAUGUUGUCACUGUUGCAUUUAUUUAGUGACACAAGAGUAUUGCAUAAAAUCAAUCACAAACGAAUAAUAAACAUUUACUUAGCUAUUCAUAUAGGAACAUGCCCUGCCUCUUUUAAAAUAGUGAGACAUUUGCUUAA